AUGUUUAGCCAGAGGAGCCGUGUCUCCCACCACGUGGCGAACAAUGUUUGUCCCAGGCUUAAAAUUGGUGAAACCGGUAAGCGGGCUUUCGACAUAUCUGCAGAACUACUUGAAGACCUUCUGGGUUUAGGAUUUACUUACACUAGAAUUGCGCAGAUGUUUGGAGUAUCUCGUUGGACUAUAUCAAGAAGGAUCAAAGAUUAUGAUUUAGAAGAUUUUAGGUCGUUUAGUAAACUGUCUGAUGACGAGUUGGAAGACGUAGUGCGAGGUUAUAUUCGUGAACAUGGAGCAACAAGUGGACAAGGAUUUAGAGUGCAAAGAAGAAGAGUAAGGGAAUGUUUAGCUCGACUGGACCCACAAAACAGGGCUUUGGGGUGGGGAAUUCUUGUUUCACGAAGGGUAUACCAGGUCCCAUGGCCCAAUUCAUUAUGGCACUUAGAUGGGCACCAUUCUUUAAUUCGCUAGAAGCUCGUCAUGGCUGUGUCGAUGGGUUUUCGAGGCGUAUAAUAUAUUUAAAGUGUAAUUCGAAUAACCUGGCAGAGACAGUCCUUGACCUGUUUUUGGGUGCUGUCAAAAGGGAUGGUAAACGUUGGCCAUCAAGGAUCAGAGUUGAUAGGGGAGUUGAGAACGUCCUUGUUUGUGAUGCAAAGAUACAAUAUCGAGGAGAAGGAAGAGCANACUUGAAGACCUUCUGGGUUUAGGAUUUACUUACACUAGAAUUGCGCAGAUGUUGGGAGUAUCUCGUUGGACUAUAUCAAGAAGGAUCAAAGAUUAUGAUUUAGAAGAUUUUAGGUCGUUUAGUAAACUGUCUGAUGACGAGUUGGAAGACGUAGUGCGAGGUUAUAUUCGUGAACAUGGAGCAACAAGUGGACAAGGAUUUAGAGUGCAAAGAAGAAGAGUAAGGGAAUGUUUAGCUCGACUGGACCCACAAAACAGGGCUUUGGGGUGGGGAAUUCUUGUUUCACGAAGGGUAUACCAGGUCCCAUGGCCCAAUUCAUUAUGGCACUUAGAUGGGCACCAUUCUUUAAUUCGCUAGAAGCUCGUCAUGGCUGUGUCGAUGGGUUUUCGAGGCGUAUAAUAUAUUUAAAGUGUAAUUCGAAUAACCUGGCAGAGACAGUCCUUGACCUGUUUUUGGGUGCUGUCAAAAGGGAUGGUAAACGUUGGCCAUCAAGGAUCAGAGUUGAUAGGGGAGUUGAGAACGUCCUUGUUUGUGAUGCAAAGAUACAAUAUCGAGGAGAAGGAAGAGCAAGUUUCAUUGCUGGUCCAUCGACACACAAUCAGAGGAUUGAACACCUCUGGAGAGAGGUCCAUAGAGGUGUUUGUCACCUGUACUACUAUACUUUUUUAUGCAAUGGAAUCAUCGGGGAUUCUUAAUGUCGAGGAUCCAAUUCAGCUUUUCGCUUUACACACUAUUUUUAUUCCCAGAGUAAACAAUUCCCUGAGAGAAUUUUCUGAAGCUUUCAACAAUCACAGAGUGAGUACAGAGGGUAAUUGGACCCCAUAUCAAAUUUGGAUGAAUGGUAUGAUGCAUGCCAAUAAUCCCCUUGCUCAUGGAGAUGUGGAUGGAGAGCCAGAUGAUAUUCAAUUGUAUGGAUAUGACCCAGAGGGCCCCUCUCCUUCAGAAGAAUAUAACAACGUUGUUGUUGAAGCAAUGUCUUUAGAUAAUAGGCAUUCAAUAGAGUCCUAUGUGUUGGAUGUUGUUGAUCCU